AUUGCCAUAACAACGUGACAUUGGCGGAAUAGCUUCAUAAUCAAGCUCGUCGCCAGUAAUCAAAGAAGAAGAAGAAGAAAAUUGCCAUGUUGCAAGGAUAAAAAUACCACCUUUUAAUGUUCCGCUUCACUUUUUUGUUUUUUUAUAAGAACGUUCUUCUGACAAUAAUUAACACAACAAAAAAAGAAAGAAAUUCUUCCCUCCGUUCACGUGUGACGCGAUAAUCAAGGGAAAUAGAGUUCAUUUUUAUAUUUAUAUUAUAGAUUUGUAUUUCUUUAAAUUUAAAUUACUCUUUAGUUUAUUUACAAUAGCAACACUAGUAUCCUAGCAACCGGAUAUGUAAAUAAAAAUUAAAUUGUUUCAGAAGUCAAAACUUAUUCUAUUGAAAAUAAGAAAAAAUUGUAACUUGUUUAAAAGUAAUGUGAAACGAUGACAUUGUAUAUUGACACUAAACUUACUUUUACUGAUGGAAAUGUAGUUUCAACUGUUGGUUCAUGGCACCCAUCACUACCACUACUUGCUAUUGGGUCAUACAAUCAAGAGAAAGGGGGAUUUGUAACAAUAUUUCAAGAGAAUGGUUUUCCUUUGGAAGGCUGCGAAUGGCCUAUACUUUUAUCAAAUCAAGUGACAGCUCUAGCCUGGCACCCCACCAGACGAUUACUGGUGGUGGGAUGGGACGGUGGCGAGCUUUACAUCUGGCUGGAAUACUCCUGGGCCCGUUUAGAAGCACCUCAUAAUGCAGCAUUGACCACAGUUGCUUUCAGUCACGGAGGAGGAAGAUUGCUGGCCACUGACGCUGCUGGCUCUCUCUCAGGCUGGCAGUCGAGCUCAGGAGCACCAUUAACAUCUUUCCAUCAUCAACUGGGUGAUGUUAUCACUCACAUAACAUUUUGCACCCCUAGGCCUAAUACAGAAUCUUCAAUCAGAGGUCUGGCACGUGCAGCAGUUGCAGGUGAUGAAAAUGCACUUGAUGCUCUUGCUGCUUGGAGACCUCGGACCACAGCCCGGGUUAGAGAGAGCUCUCAGCCUGACAACCAUUGCUGCUAUGCGUCACAAGACAAUGGAAUUAUCCUCUACAUUGACCACUCUGGUGCUUGCUCAGAGGUCCUCAAUGCACCAGGGAAUAUUGUGUUUAUGGGGAUAAUUAGCAAUAUUUACCUUCUUGUGGCUUGGGAGUCCGGAGGUGCCUUAAGUCUGACUAGGUUUAUGACUUCUGAUGAUGGAUCCUUAACUACAGACACUCAUGUACGAAUGGCUGCAAGGAACGGUCAAUGUUUAGUACUGGCAGGAAACUUUUAUGUUGCUAUAAUAACUGGGGAUAAUGUUAUCAGAGUGUGGGAUAGUGAUACAGGUGACAAUGAUGUACUGCCUAAUGAACAAGAAGUGAUAGCUCCUGAAGAUAUAUUUACAAGUAUCAGUUACUGCAAUUUAAGUGAUACAUUAUGCUGUGGAACUGCCCAGGGUAAUUUAUAUCUUUGGAGAAGAGACCAUAGAAAUAAUUGGAAGUUGAUAAGCAGUACUUCAGUCAAGGGCACUGUUAAGGAAGUCAGUUGGGGCUCUGAAGGUCUCAUGAAUCCGUUACUCCAUGUUAAUUGCAUAACAAGUGUGUAUGUGCUCAGGGAGCAACCUGUGUGCUGGGGAUACUCACCAAAAGUAUCCAUGGUGCAAAAAUCUGCCAAUGAAAUAGUGAUAACCCAAAAAACUGAUGUCACAUCUAGUAUUAACUCUACAAUCACAAUUCGAGCUUUUGCUUUUAAAGACCAGUAUGUAGCCAUUGGAGAUGGUAAGGAUGUGCAGAUUUGGAUGUGCAGCAAAGAUAAUGAAGUUAAAUUCACGUUUCUUCGUACUUUUUCGUGGAAAACGGAUGUGUUAAUCAUACACAAUGAUCUCCUUGUAGGAGUCACCCACCCUCACAUUGAGUGCUAUUCCAUUACUGGGACCAGUUUAGGAAUCUUGCCAAGCAUCGAAGGCGAGGGAGAGCCCAUUGGCGUGACGAAUACCCAUAAAUUCGUUGUCAUCACAACUAUGGAUGGUACCCUCAAAUUAGCCGAAAUCACAAAGAAAGGUCUGAGGAUGCCAUAUCCCCCAAAAAAUUGCUAUCAGUUGAUAGAGGACUUUGGUGAGGUAAUGAGAGCUUCAGUUAAUUGUGCUGGUCGUUACAUUUGCUUGAGUAUCGCAAACGCUGGCCUCGCUCCCGACCCCAGGCUUUACCUGUGGGAUGUAGCUAAUGACGUCAUCACGACUAAACUGCUCGCCGAAAAUUCUACUCCCCCAUACCAAAGCGUUCCCAUUGCAAUCCUGUGGGAUUGCAACGAUCCCAGAAUAGUUGCUGUGCACAUGAGAUCUGCGGAUUUUGAUCAAAUUCAUUUAUUUUUCUGUCACGAAGGCAAACUAUUCGAAUACAAAAAUUGGUGUCAAUCGGAAGAAUAUUUUUCAAUGGAUUUUAUGCUGUGCACGUUGUACGCUCCGUACGUAGUUACAAUGGCGCAACAAUCCAUUAAAAAGAUUUUAAUGCGUGAAUUUGAAGACAUUACUGACUAUGACACAGGUAGCGUGCGACAAGUAUUGGAUUUCCUCUAUUACAUGACAACUGAGAAUUUAGAAAAAGCAGUUGUAGUAGGCUCUAACAUAUCGGGUGGCAAUAGCACCAUAAUAUGGAACAGCUUGGCGAAAAUGUGCGUGUCGCUACGACGCCCUGACGUUGGGGCUAUCUGCUUGAGUAAGAUGGGAGAUUUGAAAGGGGCUCUUAUGCUGCGGAAAAUAAUGAGCAACGAUGAAAUGAACGACACCUGCAAAGUCGGUGUGCUCGCGAUCAACCUGGGCAUGACGGACGAAGCAGAAAAAUUGUUCAACGAGGCUCAAAGGCCAGAUUUAGUACUGCGUCUUAUAUCAGCAAAGGAAGGCGGGUUGAAGAAAAUAACUGAAGGCAGUAAGGAGGGCGAAAACAUCUUGUUAAUUAAAAGCGCACAGCACAAACUGGCUAAAAUGACUUGGGCGAACGGAGACACAGCGGCUUCAUUGAAACUUUUCGAAAGCGCUGGCACCCUGGUACCUCAUGUGCCGCGAAUGUUGAUAGCACAGGGCCAAGCCCAAGCCCUGGCCCAAUAUGUGGCUAACUCCAACGAUCCGAACCUCAUAACUUGGUGGGGACACUAUCUGGAGAGUAUAGGGGACCUAGACGGCGCGCUGGAAGCGUACGCCCGAGCGACUGAUUAUGGUGAGCAGACGCGACUCCUCUGCCAUAUGGAGAGGAUCGAAGAGACGGAGAAGGUGUGCCAGAAGAAUCGAUCCUCCAUGUAUCAAAUGGCGAGAUACUUGGAGAUGCAACCAGACAAAACGGAGGCGGCUGUCAAGAUGUACAUGCGUUGCGGCGCGGUGUCGUCUGCGAUUCGCGUGUGCUCGGAGGCGAGCGCUUGGAGUCUGCUGCGACGCGUGGCCCUCGCCGCGCCACACUCGCACCACGCGCUGCACGCCGCCAACGUGCUAGAACACGCUGGACAGAUACAAGACGCCAUCACACUGUACCAGAAAGCUGGAAAGGUCCACAUGGCACUCAAACUAGCGCUUGAAUCUGGAGACACAAACGCAAUAAUAACAGCCGUGGAGACGCUGGGCGACAAGGUGGACCCAGAAAUGGCGCAUGCCCUCGCCGUCCAUCUGAGGAACGCCAACCAUCAUUCACAUGCGGCGGCGCUGUUAGCUACUGCUGGAAAAUACGAAGAAGCACUAGACAUAGUGGAGCAGAGUUCGGCGCCGCUAUCAGAGGCGUUGGGCGAGCGUCUGGCGGCGCCGGCCGGGGCGCGCGGACGAGACGCGCUGCUGCGGCGCCUCGCCGACGUGCUCGGCGCCAGGGGACUCUACCACCAGGCCGCCAAGAGACUCGCGCAGGCCGGAGACAAGGCGGGCGCGAUGCGUUGGCUGAUGCGGUCGGGCGACGCGGACCGCAUAGCGGUGUUUGCGGCGGCUACGCGCGACCGCGGCGCGCAGCUGCUGGCGGCGGAGUACCUGCGCCGGCGCGGCCCGUGGCGCACGCGCCCUGACCUGGCGCGGCACGUGCGCGCCUUCUACACGCGCGCCGGCGCAUACGACAAGCUCGCCGCCUUCCACGCCGACUGCGCCAACCACGAGAUCGAAGAGUACGAGAAUUACGAAAAGGCCCUGGAAUCACUGAAAGAAGCUCUUAAGUGUUUGGCGAAAGUGUCAGAUACGGAUACAAGUAUCCAAAUGAGAGCGUUACAAGAACAAAGCACUCUGGUGAAACGGUUUUUGGAUAUGAAGAAAACUCUAGAGUCUGGCGAAAUAAACACCGGUGUAAUUGGCGGCAACCAAUUGCUGAAGGCUAUAAACGCGUCCGGUCGUGUCGGCCUCAUUUCGGAGGAGAAGGUGCUAAAGACGUUGCUGCACCACGCACACAGCCACGUCGAGGCUCCGCGUUUCGAACAGCAAUUGAAAGAAUUGCAUCAACAAGUCAGCGAUGAGGUGGGAAGUACGGAAUCUCCAGAUCAAAGUAUAGAAGAAGAAAUGUGAAUGAAUAACAAUAAUUUGUUUAUUAUUCCGUCCAUGUAAUUUAUAAGUAAAUAAAAUUAAUUGAAUAAAAAUAUUGUUUCUUAAGUUGUUACUUAAGUAAUUAGACCUGGAUGCUAGAUGUAAAAAUCCAUUGGAAUAGGACCAUUUCAUUAUAUUUAGUUCUUUCCCUAUAGAA